CACCAUGUGGGGCUUUAUGAGGUGCUAGAGGCUGAAGGCAGGUCCUGUUGGCAUGGGAGACAAGCACUGAGCAGCAUACCCAGCCCUGUUGUUCUGUUUGUUUUCAUUAUUCUUAACCAGACUUCCAUUCCAGCUGGGGGCACUCCACCACACCCAGGCUCAGUGUAGCCAAGAUGCUCGUGUGCGGCAGCUGAAGAUGGCAACAUGGGCACAUCUAAAGUGCAAAGCUGGAGAAAACUAAAAACUCACGAAACCGGAAUCCGCAAAGGCCUCAGAAGGAACCUGAACUCCACCUCCCAGCAUGCAUUUAAUCAGCAUGUGACUUCUCCUGCACAAAGAUCUGAAGCCUGUCUUCUGAAGAAAUCUGGAGGACUGUGUGGACUCCCUGUUCUAAACCGCAGGUUCCACCAUGGGCCGACUGGAAGGGAAAGUCAUUGUCCUGACGGCUGCCGCUCAAGGGAUCGGCCGGGCUUCUGCGUUAGCUUUUGCAAAAGAAGGAGCCAAAGUCAUAGCCACAGACAUCAAUGAGUCCAAACUCCAGGAACUGGAAAAUUACCCAGGCAUUCAAACUCGAGUCCUUGAUGUCACAAAGAAAAAGCAGAUUGAUCAGUUUGCCUCGGAAGUUGAGAGAAUUGAUGUCCUCUUUAAUGUUGCUGGUUUUGUCCACCAUGGGACCAUCCUGGAUUGUGAGGAAAAAGACUGGGACUUUUCAAUGAAUCUCAACGUCCGCAGCAUGUACCUGAUGAUCAAGGCAUUCCUUCCCAAAAUGCUUGCUCAGAAAUGUGGCAACAUUAUCAACAUGUCUUCUGUGGCCUCGAGCAUCAAAGGAGUGGAAAACAGAUGUGUAUACAGUGCCACCAAGGCGGCUGUGAUAGGCCUCACAAAGUCUGUGGCUGCAGACUUUAUCCAGCAGGGCAUCAGAUGCAACUGUGUGUGCCCAGGAACGGUUGACACCCCAUCUCUGCAAGAAAGAAUACAAGCCAGAGACAAUCCCAAAGAGGCACUGCAAGGUUUCCUAAACAGACAGAAGACGGGGAGGUUUGCCUCUGCGGAAGAAGUGGCUCUGCUCUGCGUGUACUUGGCCUCGGAUGAGUCUGCCUACGUAACGGGCAACCCUGUCGUCAUCGAUGGAGGCUGGAGCCUGUGACUGCAGGAACUCCUUGCUGAGAAGGCAGGCCCUUCCUAUGCACAGAGAAAAGAAACUGAUUCAAUGAUCAGCUCUCCUAUGGAUGACACUCAUGAAAACAGCCCCUUUGAAUGAUUGUUCCAGAGUGGGAAUCUUUAAAUAGACUCUCGUCUCUUCUGAAACUAUGGUAAAUAAAUCAAAUAAAGUGUAUAAAUAAAUC